CAAGGCGUCAAAAGAUUUUUUUUAGAAAACACACAAAAAAACUGACAUACAUUCAAGCUCAAACUAAAAAAGGUUGUUUUGAAAUGCGGAACACUAAGUAACAACAUAUUAUAGAAGCAAAAAAGUGGAUACUUGAAUGUUUAAUAGCUAUUAAUUAUCGUUUUACAUCAGCAAGUAACUGCCAUUAUCAUCAAAUACAUCAAAAUGACGACUACAUUUGGAUCUGGAGGCCUUCAUCAUGCCGCAUCUUUAGGCAAUAUAGAUGCCGCAUCUCAGGCAAACAUAAAUUUACCAAUAAGAUGUUACGACUCAGAAGAUGAAAAUAUGGGAAGGAAAAAACAGGGACAAUCUAACACGAUGGGCCAAUAUCCAAAAACAUCGCAUUACUCAAGAGGAGACAUCAAGGAACAGUAUUGCCUAACCGAUAGACAGCUAAGUUCAAUUGAACCUCCACGGCGCGAUCGUUUCUUCGGAUGUUGGUCAGGAAGAGGUACUCCGCAAUCUAUUCUCGGAGUUUGUGUAGGACGACGAGCUCCUUCUGAUGAAAAUUUACAGGACUAUGCCCCGAUCGAACGAUUUCCAAGAUAUUUUCACCCCAAACCAGCUUCAAAUGAAUUCGCAUUCAAUCAUGACGACGAAGAUGACGAUUUAGAUAAUGAAAGUUCAUAUUUUCGUCGGAAACCAACGUCCUUCCUGAGUAAUAGUAGCGGCAUUAUUUCAUGUGAUCCGAAUCGUUACACAUGGAUGCCAUCUGAUGAUGAGGGUGUUCGAUUAGAAGGCCCUCGAUCUGUACUUGGAGAACUUGAAAGCGGAGAAUUUCAUCGAGGAAGACCAUACACUGUCAGCGGAUAUUCACAAAAUUCCCCUUAUUUAAGUUACAGUACUGAGCAACUAGUUGGCAACUAUCGAUGCAUUUCAUAUGCAAAUCAAACACAAACUCAUCAAGCUGCACCAUCAUCUCAGCCAAGAACAAAACAUGUAAGUUUUGCACGAUCGCAUACCUUAACGUCAUUCGAUGAUGCCAGAUUACGUUCGUCAAUGCGUCUCUCAAGUACACGAAGCCAAGAGCGAUUAAUUGGUGGUAAAAAAGCUACAAUGACUGUCUCAACAACGACACAGCAAAUGCAACCACAAUCAAUUUUGCAAAAUGCUCAACCCCAAUCCAUUUUAACGACGCAUCAUCAACAACAUACACAGCAACAAAUUGCACAACAUGAUACUUUAGUUGUAGAAAAAAUGAAAUUAAGAAGUGCCAUGAAAACGCAAGCGACACAAACCGAAACCUGUUUGGGUAGAAAACCACUGCCAGCACAUCAUUUAUCAUUAAGUCCACGCACAAUUCAUAGGGUUAAGAUGAUUUCUCAAAGUGCUCAAACGAAUGGCGGACUAAAUAACGGCAGAAUUUUGACAAAAAGUCUCUCAGAAGCGAUAACAAGAGCAGGAACAAGCAUGAGUGAAACACAAAUAAUGGAAGAUAUAAAAUUAACGUCUGAGCAUGAGUUGCUUCAUCGCACGCAAUCUGAAGAACCGCCUAAAUCACCAUUUUUAGUUGAAAAUAUUAAUAAUAAUAAUGUUGAUAAUGCGACUAUUGCUACCAUUGCCAAUAUUAAUAAUAAUAUCAGUUGUAGUACUAACAAUAAGCUUCAGCACCAAGUAGAAAUCCAUUCUCGCACGUCUUCGCGCCAGAGUGCACAAGAGACAACAACUGCCUCUUCGCGCUGUAGUGACGCCUUUAGUUACGAUAAUAUGCCGCCGCAAUAUUUGCGUAAUGAGUCUCGCCAAUCGCAAGACAGCGCAACUACCUACCGUUCUGACAUUUCAACAUCACGAGCAUCUCAUGAAUCGAGUUCGUACCAAUAUGAACCAUUUAAUUUAAUGAAUUUCAGACGCGGCAGCUUUACAGAAACACCAACAAUGAAUAUCAAUCCGAAUUCGCAGCAAAGUCAUGUUCAAAAGUCAGUCAUUCCGGAAAACAAAGAGAAUGGAUAUGCAUAUGAGACGCACAGUUUGCCGCGGCACACAACUUGUGUUCAUCAUUACAAAGACGAACAUCAUAUUCAUACGUUACCACGGUUGCAUCAAAUGCAUCAUCACACACAUUUUACAAAUGACGGAAGAAAUGUUGCUGCUCAACAUCAAAGACGAGCAUCAACUUAUGCGCCUUCUGUGCAUGAAAUUCAAAAUCAAAUUAAGCAACAAACUACACGUCGCGGAUCAUAUGCAGCUGGGCAAAAAAGUACUGAUCAACUACAACGAAGAAGUUCCGUUCAAAGACAACAAUCAAUGGCAAUUGAAGAUGAAGAAGACGAGGAGGAAAUGUGUUCAACCUGUUCAAGUAGCGAGAACGAAAAUGAUGGAGAUGCAGAGGAAGAGGAAGAUGGAGGCGGAUCUGAAGAUGAGAACGAAGAACAGGAAAUUUUUAUCGACUUCAAGCCUCGUAUUUCUCCUUUGACAAGUCCUCGUGAAAAGAAAUCAAAGAAAAAACUGGUUAAAACUAAAUCGGAUGGUGAAAUUCUCCUAAGUACACAAAGCAUGGCAUCAGAAACGGAGGAAAAUUUGAAAACUCCGAUUACUUCAGGACAUUUUGAUUUUAAUUCCGAAGCAAUUAUUGAUAAAAAUACUUGUAAAAAUCAAGAGAUCAUCUAUAAACCACCGUCUCCCGAAAGAUAUUCUCGUGCGUUAUUCAGAAAACGAUCUAUAAGCUUUGAAGACAGUCCAAAACCAGUCGAAUUACAGAAGAAGCUUUCGUCAGCCUUAAAAUCAACGGUUGUGAAAUCUGCCCCGCCUACGCCAUCGCCCGAUGAAAUUCUUGGAAUACCAUCGUUGCCUAAUUAUCCUUCGAUAGAUUCACUUGCUACUACUGAUGGAACACGAGAUCAAUCCGACGCAAAUUGGAAUGAAUCGCAAGCAACGAUUAUGAUGUAAGAUUAUAUUAAUAUCAAAUUUAUUUUUAUUUAAAAUGUCUUUCAUUUCUUUCAUUGUAGUCGUUCAGAUUCCAUCCAUAGCUUAAGUUCUAAAGCUCAAAGGAAAAGUCUACAACAUCAACAACGAAGUUCGAUUGAUACAGAAGCACUCGAUAUAGAAGAUUUUGCUGAUCAACCAUUGCCGCCAUUGCCUGUUGUAGUAUCAGCAACUCAAAUGACAUCAAUUACUACUCAAACGCCCCCUUUGAUGAUAACCUCAUCCGCUUUACGAAGAUCUUCUAUCGAAACGACAGCAAUCACAACAUCAACAGGAACUGUGAAGUCAAAACCUUCGAUUUCUGUUACACCGUCUUUGACUUCCGAAAAGGAAUCCGUUCCUUUCCAGACAUUACAUCGGAAAUCAAAAAGUGUUUCGCCAGAAACAAGAAAAGCCUCAAAAAGAGCAACAUUUGGAAGAUUAAGUCAACCUGAUAUUGUACCAUUGGUUCAUGGUCAUAAAAGUCAUGAAACAUUGGAAUGCAAAAUGAUUCCCCCGCCAAUUCCAAAAGAAGCUCCAAAAUCUGCAAAUGAACUUUCAGAAGGCAGCACAACAGAAGACUACGUAACUUGUAACGACAGUUCGAAACGAACUUCAGGUAUCAAUAAAAUAAAUAAGAAAGGCACUCCAUCAGCAUCACAAGUACCAGCUCAAAGCUCGCACACUGCCACACAAGAUGGAUCAUCAUUUGAAAGUGCAUCAUCAUUAUAUAGUUUAGCACGAACAGACGCACUCGAAGACGCAUCUGGAGUACAAGUUUAUCAAAAACCUAAGCCUCCGAUUUCUUCUUUAUCAACAAUUGUCGGAACUCCAAUAGGAAAUAAACCUUCUCCAACUCAUUCGGCUUGUAGCUCAUCAUCCGAAAGUUACCGCAUCACAAGCAAAUCACAAAAAACUUCGCCACAACGACCUACAGCUCCAAAACCACUGCCAAUAACAACAUUAUUAAAUAAAAAAAUUAAAUCUGAAUCGAUAUCUGAUGAUGAAAGAAGCGAAAAACAUUACUCAAGCGAUGAGAAAAAAGUUCGUGUUCGAAAAGACGAAGAGCAGCGACAACGAAAGAAAAAGGGUGUCUUUAAGCUUGAGUUAGAACAAAAACUUCAAAAGAAAUCACCGGACGGGCACAAAAGCAUAACGUCUUACAAAAAACCAUCGCCUGUCGAUGAUAAAUCAACAGUUGGAACGUCAGAUGGUACAAGUCCAAACAAACAACGACGAUUCCGACCAAAAACACGAAAAAUUAUACGAAAUCGAAGCACUUCUGGAGACGAUUCGCUUCCCAGACGCACAAAAUCACAAAUUGCAACAACGAAAUUACCGGAAACGUUUCCUCCGCCGCCAACAAUAUCAUAUACUCUUCAAACUGCAUCACAACCUUCGCAUCAUAAGUGUACAUCAUCAUCAGCAAUGGAUAAGAAAAUAUCUCCAGAUAAACGAUUAAAAGCUAUUUCAACAGAGUCAUUAAGAUCUGUAUCGCCGGGUUCAGAUUCUGUUUUUUAUAGUGAAGCUGAUCCAACAUGUGAUCAACAAGCGCACUGUUUUCACUGCGGUAAAGAAGUUGAAAUUGUACAAGCGGAUCCAUGUUCGACUGAUUCUUUAGGAACUAUUGAAGAUCGACCCGAUAUUGUUCAACCUCCAGCUGGAUUUGCAGAUUCGCCAAAUGGGACAAAAGUAUCUCAACGAUUGUAUAAAAAAUUCGAUAAACGUGUUCGUUCAGAAGAUAGACAUGCUGAUCGAAAACAUUUUAAACCACGACACGAUACACGUGCAAAGAGCGAAGAACGUGGCAAAGAAGAUACAUAUAAAUCCAAAUUGCGUUCUGCUGGGUCAAGCCCUUGUGUUGCUCCUCCGGGCCAACAAAAUGGAAACACAUCGGCAGAACAAGCUGAACCCGAACAAGGAAUUUAUCAUGGCGGAUAUCGCUUAGGAGUGUGGAUAUGCAUUUCCGACAAAGAUAUUAUGAAAAAGCAAGAACCCGCAAUUGCUGAAGUACGAUUUGCUGAUAGACCACGCGAUUCAAGCGAACGACGAGGAUCAACUGAAUCAGAAAAGGACUUUAAAAAACGAUACCAAGCCAUUACUCAUCGUCUCGUACAUAGACGUUCUUGUCUCGAAAUGUAUCGUCGUCAAAACAGUAAUACUUUCGAAACAGACAAAACAAUUUACGUUCAUCGUGAAUCAGGAGAGUUUGGAUUUCGAAUUCAUGGAUCGAAGCCUGUAGUCGUAUCUGCCAUUGAACCGGGAACCCCUGCAGAAGCUUCAGGCUUAUUAGUUGGCGAUAUUGUUCUCUCUGUAAAUGGAAUACCUGUCAUUGAUAAAAGUCAUUCUGAAGUUGUGAAAAUAGCGCAUGCUGGAAGUGACACAUUAAAAUUAGAGGUUGCUCGAACAUGUCGCUCAUCUCCAACUCCGGAAGUGUCUUCUUCUUCAAUAAUAUUUUCGGGAUAUUUACAUCGACGUGCGGGACUUCAUAGCGCUUCAGGCCCCAAAUGGCUUCGAAGAUGGUUUUGUUUGCGAACAGAUAAUUGUCUUUAUUAUUACAAGACAGAAACGGAUGACAGUAUUGUUGGUGUUAUUGUUCUUACAAAUCACACAAUUCAUCAUGCCGAAGAUUCAGUUCGCUUACAUGUUUUCAGUAUUACGCCAGAAGAUGGUGAACCGAUUUUGUUGGCUGCUGACAAUGACGAAGCUGUGAAUAGAUGGAUUGCUGUCCUCAGUCACGCUUCUCAACAAAACGAUCCAUGGCUUGAAGCGAGUACUCGUAACUUACGUUUAGGAGCUCAAUCUUUUCCAAAUGCUGAUUGCUUUGGCUUUUUAAUGAAAUUGGGCAGUAAAUGGCGUUCAUGGACCAAAAAAUAUUGCGUUUUAAAGGAUGCUUGUUUAUUCUUUUAUCAUGAUAAUGCAAGUAAAUCCGCCAUAGGCAUGGCAUGUUUACAAGGAUAUCGUGUUCAACCAUCAUCUGCAGGAGGAGGAAAAAAACAUGCUUUUGAGCUUGUACCUCCCGAACCUAAAUUAAGACAUUAUUACUUUUACACCGAGACUGAAAUGGAAAAGAAAAGAUGGGUAGCUGCUUUAGAAUAUUCAAUUGAUCGAUGGAUGAAAUCAUAAAACGUAAUGUCUACAUAAUUAAUUAGAAAUAUUUUAAACGAAAUGCAUAUCACACGAAAUUAAGCCG